AUGUUGUCCGGAGCUUCAACAUACAACUAUGAGAACCCCGUUAGACGUGAUGUUGUCAGCACGGGGAACAAAGGUGAUGUGACCAUCCGGUUUAGGACGGAUAACCCUGGACCGUGGUUCCUGCAUUACCGUAUUGAUUGGCAUCUGGAAGCUGGUCUCGCAGUGAUUUUUGCUGAAGAUGCGGGAGAUUGGAAUAGCGUUAUAGACCCUACCUGUACGCAUGACGAUUUGUGUCCGAAAUAUAGCAGUUUGACGCCCGAAGACCUAUAA